CGCUGAGCGACGGGCCAAAAUUGCACUACUGAUGGCAGCGGCCGCCCGCAACCGCCAAAUAGAUAUAGAGCAUAAAAGUUUAUUAUAAUUCAAUGGUAAAGUUUACACGAUUGUAAUUUAAAUAAAUUUAUAAAAUGCCUGCCGAUUCUAACAUUAUUGUAACGGGGGAUGAGAGAGAAAACACGAUACUAUUCCAAAGUCUCCCAGAGAGAUCGAAACAUGAAGAUUUUUUUAGACGGGCGGUUGAUCUGUUGGUGGAGCGAGUAGUUUUCGGCAGAGCUUCUAGGAGUUCGAAGGUUGUGGAGUGGGCAGCUCCUGAAGAUAUCAAGAAGGCUAUAGAUUUGAAGCCUCGGGAUGGACCUGCGACUCAUGACGAGCUCCUGGCAUUCAUGGCUGAUGUCGCCCGCUAUUCUGUUAACACAGCGCACCCAUACUUCGUCAACCAGCUUUUCUCAUCCGUUGAUCCUUACGGUCUUAUUGGCCAGUGGUUGACUGAUGCUCUCAAUCCUAGCGUAUAUACUUUCGAAGUUGCUCCGGUUUUUACCCUUAUGGAGGAAGAGGUUUUACGAGAGAUGAGAGCGAUCGUUGGAUGGAAUGGGGAAGGUGAUGGGAUCUUUUGUCCAGGCGGUUCUAUAGCUAACGGAUAUGCUAUAAGUUGUGCCCGAUACCAUUUCUAUCCAGAAACCAAGAGCAAAGGUGUUUACGCAGUACCGAAUUUAGUGAUCUUCACGUCUGAGCUUGCUCAUUAUUCAACGAGAAAAAUGGCCGCCUUUAUGGGUAUCGGUAACGACAACUGUAUUGCGAUAAAAUCCGACGAAUUGGGUAAAAUGGACGUGGAAGAUUUGGAAAAGAAAAUCAACGAAACAAUUGAAAACGGUUCUACGCCGUUUAUGGUCACUGUCACGUCUGGUACAACUGUGUUUGGAGCCUUUGAUCCAAUAGUGCCUGUGGCUAAUCUGUGCAAGAAGUACAGUCUUUGGUUGCACGUAGACGCGGCUUGGGGAGGGGGUGCUCUGAUGUCGAAAAAACAUAGACAUCUUUUAAAUGGUAUUGAAUUGGCGGAUUCUGUUACAUGGAAUCCACACAAGCUGUUAGCUGCACCACAACAAUGCUCCACUUUUCUGACAAAACACAAACGAGUUCUCGAAGAAGGACACUCAUCCAAUGCAAAAUAUCUCUUCCAAAAAGAUAAAUUUUACGAUACUUCAUAUGACACUGGCGACAAACAUAUUCAGUGCGGACGAAGAGCUGACGUUUUGAAAUUCUGGUUUAUGUGGAAGGCGAAAGGUACCGAAGGUUUUGAGAAACAUAUCGACAAACUAUUCGAUAAUGCUAAAUUCUUCCUUGAGCAUAUUAAACACAGAGAGGGCUUUCGGCUCGUUCUCGAGAAGCCAGAGUGUACUAAUAUCAUGUUCUGGUACGUUCCUAAGUGUCUUCGAGGUUGUGAAAACGACCCAACCUACAAUGAAAGGUUGCAUAAGGUCGCACCGAAAAUAAAAGAACGAAUGAUAAAAGAAGGGAGUAUGAUGGUCACGUAUCAACCACAAGGUGAUCUCGUGAAUUUUUUCCGCAUAGUUUUUCAAAACUCAGCGCUUGAUCACAAGGAUAUGGUCUACUUCGCUAACGAGUUCGAACGCCUAGGAUCGGAUAUAGUCGUCUAGAUUACUUAGAUAUAAACAAUGUUUGAAUAAUCUUGCAUUAUCCAACGUGUAAUGUUAUUUCAUCAUUUAGCCUGUGAUUUAUAUUUAUAAAUGUUUUUUUUUUUUUUAAUUUGUAAAAAUAAAAUUACCAUAUCUUGCAUUAUAUCAAUUAGUGUAUAAUAUGAUAUUAAAACAUAUUUAUUGCGAAAAUUGUCUGUUAAUAUAUUCACAUUCGUAAGAUUACAUUAAAGUACAAAAUUAAAAGUUUUAAUUGUAUUUUCAUCUGCGAUUUUUAAUCUGUGCAAUAUUCAUGCAUAUUUUAAAUGAUAUAUUUAUUCUAAGUUAAUCAUUUAAUAGAAAAACUUACAGUAAUGAAAGAUAGUUGAUAGAAGAUUAAGUUAAAUCUGCUGUUAGUGGUAGUUGCUGCGUAAUUUAAACUUCUAUAAAACCGUUAAACACGAUAAAAGCGAAUGACCAAUAAGUACUUUUGCUAAGUAGGUUAAAAGCGAGCUAUUUAUGUAGAAGUAUAAUUUUAAUGUCAUACGAUCAUUGCUAUAGAAUUAAAUUUAAUAUUGACCAUUAAGUAAAUAGUUCUAAACUUGAACUUAAUUUUAUUUCGACGCAUGUCAA